CUCCGUGUUGUCUAAAUUUGAGAUACCACCAGGCGGUGGGAGGUGGCAUAACAUUAACUCUUUUUUUUUUUUUUUCCCUUCCCUUCCUACCUUACCCAUAAAAGGUAACUUUUGUAUUCUAUUACUUUUACUUCCCCACUUGCUGCUGUCAUUUUUCUUGAACAACAUAGUCAAAGAAAAUACAAAUACGAUAGCAAUGGCCAAACGCGACCACACCAGUGAAUCAGGUGUUGAUCAUCGACCUAAGAAAAAGUCGAAGACAGAAAAACAGAAAACCGACAAAAAGCAACAGUCUACAUCUGAUACAGAAAAUGCAAAAUAUGAGCUAGCCCCCUACACACAGUCCUCUGCAUUGAGUGAUAUUCCUCAAACAGAAAUAGAUGACUUCCUCACCAAAAAUACUAUCAAGAUAACUGAUACGUUAUCUGAGACGGCGACACUUCGUCCAAUCAUCUCUUUUACUCAUCUGCCUGAAUGCGACAACAGUCUCUACAACCCGUUGAGCUCAUUCAAAUCGCCAACAUCCAUCCAAUCAGCGACUUGGCCGUUGCUCUUUGCUGGCCGUGAUGUUAUUGGUAUCGCAGAAACUGGAAGUGGAAAAACACUUGCUUUUGGUCUGCCGUGUCUGAAAAAGAUCCUAGACUCGAAAAAGAGCCAAAGAAAACCCAACCGGCCAGUGGCAGUGAUAAUAUCUCCCACUAGAGAGCUUGCAAUGCAAAUACACGACCAGAUCCAGAAAUAUUCAAGAUCAGUCAACGUUCAAGUGGCAUGUAUAUUUGGAGGUGUGAAGAAGGAUGAGCAGCGAGAGGCCUUAAAGUCUGCCGCGGUCGUUGUUGCAACGCCUGGUCGAUUAAAGGAUCUUUACAAUGAUGGUUCAGUGGAUCUGGGUAAGGUCAAGUACGUUGUCUUGGAUGAGGCAGACCGCAUGCUAGACAAGGGUUUCGAGCAGGAUAUAAAAGAUAUUAUCCACCCAAUGCCAGCAUCUGGCCGACAAACCGUCAUGUUUACUGCCACCUGGCCGCCAAGUGUCAGAGACCUCGCAACAACCUUCAUGUCCUCACCUGUGACGGUUACCAUUGGCGGUGAUCCCUCCGCCGAUCCACGCGCAAACACCCGAAUUAAACAAGUCGUCGAAGUGGUGAAGCCACAAGAGAAAGAGGCCCGGCUUGUGCAGUUGCUGAAUCGAUCACAGCGGGGGACAGCAACUCCCGAAAAAGUUUUGGCAUUCUGUUUGUACAAGAAGGAAGCCAUGCGCAUCGAGAGGCUACUUCGAGCUAAAGGGUUUAAAGUAGCUGGUAUUCACGGCGACCUGAGCCAGCAGGAGAGAUUCAAAAGCCUGGAAGCUUUCAAGUCAGGAGUCGCCACUGUUCUUGUUGCCACCGAUGUGGCAGCUCGCGGUCUCGACAUACCAUCCGUCAAAUUGGUCAUCAAUGUUACCUUCCCCUUAACAGUCGAAGACUAUGUUCAUCGAAUUGGACGAACUGGACGAGCUGGAACUGAGGGAAAUGCUAUUACUUUGUUCACAGAAACUGACAAAGCACAAUCUGGCGCAUUAAUUAAUGUCAUGAAAGCAGCAAAACAAGAAGUACCAGAAGCGCUUCUUAAAUUUGGAACAACUGUUAAGAAGAAGCAGCAUGGUGCCUAUGGUGCCUUUUUCAAGGAUGUUGAAACUGAUAAGGCAGCCACAAAGAUUGUGUUUGAUGAUUAAUUAUCAUCUCAUUCUGUCUUUUGCCUUGCAGCUUUUAAGCUUAAUAUCUGGCAGACUUUUGUGUACUGUUUCAUGAGAUAUUCCCUUUCCAAAAAUAACCUAUUUAGAUGUUAGGUUCUCAAUUCUUUUCUUUUUUCUAUACUUAUUAUCAUUUGUUUGACUCACACUGUAAGGGCAUAAAUACUGCUAAAUAGUAAUAUCUUCAAUGUACCCUGGGAUCCCG